AUGCAGUGCAUCUCGUCAGUUACAUAUUCCUUCCUCAUCAACGGUUCGCCUAGAGGACAUGUUACACCGAGUCGAGGGAUUCGCCAAGGCGAUCCCCUCUCACCCUACAUAUUUAUUCUAUGUAGUGAAGUGCUCUCGGGUCUUUGUAACAAGGCACAGCAGGAAGGGCUCAUCCAAGGUAUAAGGGUGGCAAGGGGGAGUCCCCGGAUUAACCACCUUUUAUUCGCGGAUGACACAAUGUUUUUCCUCAAAGCUAGCAAGGGAUCCGCGACUGCUCUAAUGGCAAUACUGCGCAAAUACGAAGAGGCCUCCGGACAGUAUAUCAAUAGAGAGAAGUCAUCUAUAACCUUUUCUCGAAAGGCACCAGUGGAACUUAAGCAAUGGAUCCACACGGAGACUCAGAUCCUAAAGGAGGGAGGAGUUGGCAAGUAUCUCGGACUACCGGAGCAUUUUGGGAGAAGAAAGAGGGAUCUCUUUACUUCAAUAGUGGAUAGAAUCAAGCAAAAAGCGAGCAGUUGGUCAAAUAGAUAUCUCUCGACGGCUGGGAAGCUUGUUAUGCUACAAAGUGUUCUUACCCCGAUACCAUCCCACUCCAUGUCUUGCUUCCAAUUGCCAGUUUCUCUGUGCAAGCGGAUUCAAUCCGCAUUUACGAGAUACUGGUGGGAUGGAGGGAAAGGAAAAAAGAAAAUGGCAUGGAUUUCAUGGGAGAAAUUGACUCUACCCAAAGAUAGUGGGGGCUUAGGACUGCGAGAUAUCCAGGCCUUCAAUGAGGCGUUUUUGGCAAAGAUCAGCAUCCGAUUGCUUGACAACCCUAAUGGGCUACUAGGAAGAACUCUCCUCCCCAAGUACUGUCCGGAUGGAAACUUACUGAGCUGUACGUCUCCAAGUGCAGCCUCUCAUGGCUGGCACAGUAUCUUAGUUGGAAGGGAUCUUCUAUUGAAGAAACUGGGAUGGGUAAUAGGGAAUGGAGCAAGCAUUAACAUUUGGGAUGACCCCUGGUUAAACCUUGACUCGCCACUGAGACCAAUGGGACCAGCAACGCAGCAAACGUCUUCUUUGGUAGUAAGUGACCUGCUCCUCCCGGCAACGGGAGAGUGGAACAUAAACCUUAUCCAGGAGGUUCUACCGUUUGAAGAACAGAGGAUUCUCUGCCUUCAACCGAGUACAAAGGGGGCAAGAGAUGUGCUAAAAUGGUUAGGCACUAAAGAUGGAAAAUAUUCUGUAAAAUUUGGAUAUCAUGCAGCCAUGGAAGAACUUAAAGAAGAGAUCCUAGAAGGAGAAGCAACCAUGGAGUUUGACUGGAAAAAGACACUAUGGAACUUAAAACUAGCUCCUAAGGUGAAGAUGUUUACCUGGAAAAGUUUGAAAGGUAUCCUACCGGUUGGAGAGAGACUUCUUGCUCGACACAUCAACGUUGAUCCGAGGUGCAAGCGUUGUGGAAGCUCUGAAUCUGUCAAUCAUCUUCUGUUUCACUGUCCUUUCGCACGAGAUGUCUGGAACCUAUCCCCUCUCGUAGGAAGCUUUGAUGUUAGCGGAAUGACAGAUUUGAGAGCAGACUGGACUGAGUUGCAAGCUCUGAAAUGUCUCCCACCUUCGGGAAUUACAUCCACACCUCUAGUACCUUGGAUCCUUUGGUCCCUAUGGAAAGCAAGGAACAAGUAUGUGUUUGACAACUUUUCUGGGUCUCCAGCAGAAACACUAUCGCAGGCGAUAGUUGUAGCUAGGGAAUGGGAGAUUGCACAGCAACUAGUAGAGAAGAAAGCCCACGUCAAGGUCUCGGUGGCUUUGCCCCAGAUGAAGGUAGUAGCUCAAUCAGAUGCGGCCUGGUCCGAAUCGUCACUCAAUGCAGGGCUAGGGUGGUUCGUUUCGACACCCGAGAAUCACACAGAAGGAAGCAGAAGCGCCAGCUUCAUCCCGUCAGUGCUGAUUGCAGAAGGACUGGCGCUUAGAGAAGGAGUUGAAGCUUGCCGUUCCCUAGGAGUUAAGGAAGUAAGAUUUGAAUCUGAUUCAGCACAGUUGAUUAAAGCCAUCAACAGGAGAGAACCCCCCCUUGGAGAUUUAUGGUAUUGUGUCGGAUAUCCUAGCUUUGUCUAUGGAAUUUGA